AUGUCCAACGACAACUCCAUCAGUGAGUUCCUUCUCCUGGUAUUGACAGACGCACGGGAGCUGCAGCUCUUGCACUUCUGUCUCUUCCUGGGCAUCUACCUGGCUGCUCUCCUGGGAAACAGCCUCAUCAUCACCACCAUAGCCUGUGACCACCACCUCCACAACCCCAUGUACUUCUUCCUCCUCAACCUCUUUCUCCUUGACCUGGGCUCCAUCUCCACCACUGUUCCCAAAGCCAUGGCCAAUUCCCUCUAUAACACCAGGGACAUCUCCUACUCAGGAUGUGCUGCUCAGAUGUUUUUCUUUCUCUUCUUGAUAUCAGCAGAGUAUUUUCUUCACACCAUCAUGUCCUAUGACCGCUACGUUGCCAUCUGCAAACCCCUGCACUACGGGACCCUCCUGGGCAGCAGAACUUGUGCCCACAUGGCAGCAGCUGCCUGGGCCACUGGGUUUCUCUAUGCUGUGCUGCACACGGCCAACACAUUUUCACUGCCCCUCUGCCACGGCAAUGCCCUGGACCAGUUCUUCUGUGAAAUCCCCCACAUCCUCAAGCUCUCCUGCUCACACUCCUACCUCAGGGAACCUGGGCUUCUUGUGGUUAGUGUUUGUUUAGGAUUUGGGUGUUUUGUGUUCGUUGUGGUGUCCUAUGUGCAGAUCUUCAGGGCUGUGCUGAGGAUCCCUGUCGUGGUUUUUGGACUGAGGGUCGAGACAAGAACCGAGAUGGAGCACCCACCAAGCAUGGUCCCUGGCAAAACAUGA